AAACAACAAUUUGACAGCAAAACAAAAAUGUGCCGAAGUUGUUUUCGUCGUACUCUAAAAAAGUUUGGUGAUUUUAGUUUUGAUUGUUGAAAAACUACAAAUAAAUUGAAAUAGUGAUUGUGGUUUACAUAAAUAGCUUGCAAACUUCCAAUUGCUUGUGCGUGUAGAGUAGUGGAAUUAGGUGUGACAAAAUUAAAAAGGACAUCAAAGCAUUGAUAGGCGGAACCGGGUCAAGAUGGCUGAAAAUAACAUUCACCUCGGAGGAAGUUCUGUCGAACAGCAGAUGGCCAAGCCGCUUCACAUUCAACGUCUGGAAGCAGCUCUUGAUAUGCGCCCAUUUAUGUUGUACGCGAAGAAAAUGCUUUCCAAGUCGCUAACCAGCAGUGAGGAUGAAGAUGACGAUGAUUCCAGCGACGAUUCCGAUUCCGAUUCGUCCAGCGGAAAUAUCCGGAAUUAUCGUAAGCUGGCAUACGGCCUCAAAGUGUCCAAGCAAGAACGCAACGAAGAUAAACGAUAUCUGUACAACUUAACGUCGGUCGGUCCGGAACGAUUAUGGAUACAGAACUUAUUACUUUCUGAUACGGAAACGGAAAGUGAGAUUUCGGACGAAGACGAUUACAUAAAGGAAAUGUUAAAGAAUCAUGUGAGAGAGAAAAAGUAUCGCGGGAAAUACUACAGCACCAUGAAUAAUUCUCAGUACGGUUAUUAUGGAGCAGGGCUCUUGUCCAACUAUGACAUGUUCCCGGAGCACCAACGAUCAAUAGUCGGAGUACGUAAGCGCAAGAUAAAGCGUGAGAAAAAAAUGGGCAAAUUGAAACCUGGCAGGAAAAAGACGAUUAAAAACGAAACCGAUGAUCGUAUUUCGGAUCUGGGUGACAUCGAUUGGGAGGAACAAUUGGCAGCGUUGAAGAAUGAUAACGAUGACGAUAUCGAUUCGAAGCCUGCCAGCCCGACGGGUACAAAAUCGAAACGCGGGCGUAAAUCCGCCAUCAAAACGCCGGAAAUGAUGGCGGCCAGGCGUCGUAAAAUGUGGCAGCUAAUGGCGAAGAAAGAACUGGGAAAAGUACAACGCGCCAAGGUAAACAACCACAAGGACAUGGUCACCAACUGUCGGCGUGUUGCGUCCUUGUGCAUGAAAGUGUCCCGACAAAAGGCAAUGCAAUCUCAAAAAUUGAUGAAAGAUACUAUUUGGAAAGCCAAGCGAUUAACUCGAGAAAUGCAGGGCUAUUGGAAGCGAUACGAUCGAGUCGAGAGAGAAACGAGACGCCGAAUGGAAAAGGAAGCUGAAGAGCAACGCAAGAUCGAUGUCGAAAUGGUAGAAGCAAAACGCCAGCAGCGAAAACUCAAUUUUCUCAUAACGCAAACGGAACUGUAUGCCCAUUUUAUGUCCAAAAAACUAGGAAAUGUUUCAAAAGAGGAACAAUUGAAAAUUUUGUCCCAACUCGAUGAAGAGUCCAACCCCAGACUAGCUGCUAUUGAUAACUAUGAUAGUGAGUUGAUGAAACAUCAAGCCCAUAAAAAUGCAGUGGAUGCCUUCAAUAGUGAACGAGCUCGGAAACAACAAUUUGACAAUGCCGUUCAGCAGCAUAUGCCAGCCAAUCAGAAGGUGGAUGAGUCUGGCAUGAUAAUCGAUUUGCCACAACCAGGAAUAUUCCGCGGUUGUUUGAAAGGCUACCAAUUGAAAGGGAUGACAUGGUUGGCGAAUCUCUACGACCAAGGGAUAAGCGGAAUUCUUGCUGAUGAAAUGGGUCUUGGAAAAACAGUUCAGUCCAUAGCCUUUUUGUGUCACAUAGCGGAAAGCUAUGGCGUUUGGGGCCCAUUCCUCAUAAUUUCGCCGGCAUCAACGCUGCACAACUGGCAACAGGAAAUGGAACGUUUCGUACCGGAUUUCAACGUCGUGCCUUACUGGGGAUCACCAAACGAACGAAAGAUUCUUCGUCAAUUUUGGGAGCAAAAAGAUCUGCACACAAAAGAUGCCAGUUUUCAUGUGGUCAUCACCAGCUAUCAGUUGGUAGUCUCGGACUAUAAAUAUUUCAAUCGUAUUAAAUGGCAGUACAUGGUGUUGGAUGAGGCUCAGGCAAUAAAAAGUUCCAGUUCGGUGCGAUGGAAACUUCUACUUGGAUUCAACUGCAGGAACCGUUUGCUUCUGAGUGGUACACCAAUCCAAAAUAGUAUGGCCGAACUGUGGGCUCUGUUGCAUUUCAUCAUGCCAACGCUGUUCGAUUCACAUGAGGAGUUCAACGAGUGGUUCUCUAAAGAUAUCGAAAGCCAUGCUGAGAACAAGACAGGAAUCGACGAAAAGCAAAUAUCUCGCCUUCACAUGAUACUCAAACCAUUUAUGUUGAGACGUAUCAAGAAAGAUGUUGAGAACGAGCUUUCCGACAAAAUUGAAAUUAUGGUCUACUGCCCUCUGACGACGCGCCAAAAGCUGCUGUACGUUGCACUGAAGAAGAAAAUCCGAAUAGAAGACCUACUCCACCUAACUGGACACGGAACGGGCGACGGUCACUCGUUUGAUAAAAACUUCACGUCAAAUCUGAUGAACUUGGUUAUGCAGUUUCGCAAAGUGUGCAAUCAUCCAGAGUUGUUCGAGCGGCGCGAUGCUAAAAGCCCAUUUUUCUGCCGAACUACCGAAUAUCCCGUUGCCCGAUUGAUAUUCGAUGAAGCCAUUUUGAGCAGAACUUUGCCCAGUAGACGACAUUUGCUGUACAACCGGUUUCAUGUAUUCAAAAGUGAAAAUAUUCAUCGAGCUAUGUUUCAAAAUCGCGAUGGAUCGUCUGUGAACUACAGUUGCAUCGAGGAUCUAUUCGUGGAAAACGCUUUUUCAUUCACUCGAUUGUGUUCAUUGUCUCCGCAAGAAAUGGAGCGUCUGGCCCUCGAAGGGUUAGUCUAUUUUGUUCGACACAUCCAACAGUGGCAGCAAUAUCUUCAGUUAUUGCACCACCGUUGGGUUUGGUGGGAAAACCAAUCUACAGUGUCCUGUAUGUUACUGGAGCCGUCUUAUGAGAAAUGGACCACCAAAUUGUUUUCUCCGUUUUACGAAGUGAUGAACAACUUGAUAUUCACUAAUACCUGCCAAAACAGCGUAUACACUCACACUGACCAGUGGAUAUGCCCAAUGCAGGAAACCAUGGAACAUCGCAUCUUACGGAGCCGUAAAGCACUAAAACUUUCGGAGAGCGAGCAACAGAUAUUGAAAGCAAGUGCCAGCUUGAAUUUCGAGGAUAUUGCAGAAAUGCCCUCCGGAUUCUCCAAAGACAAGCAUAGUGGUGCAAAAACCUCGGUAGCAAACAUUCCUCUACUGCCCGAGUUUAUCCACAGGUUACAUUCUAAACAAAAACUAGAAUGCAGACAGACAGAAAUGCCUAAAUUCCUGUAUAGUCUUAUCCCACGAGUCGUCAGCUCAGGAAGAAAAUACUACUGUGAAAGUCGUGAGGCUGCUUGGACUGCCAUUCGUCACGAGCACUGUGAAUCUCCAGAAGGGUUUCAAUUGGUGGACCAAGCGCUCAAACUGUCAUAUCCGCACGCAUUUGGGUGGUCUAACAUUGUUAUUCCGGACAAGCAAACUCUAGUAUCAGAUGCUGGAAAGUUAGCAGUGCUGGAUUCUUUACUAACUCGUUUAAAAGCUCAAGGUCAUCGAGUUUUGAUUUACUCGCAAAUGACAAAAAUGAUUGAUUUGUUAGAGGAAUACAUGUGGCACAGAAAACAUCGUUACAUGCGGCUCGACGGUUCCAGUAAAAUAUCAGCACGUAGGGAUAUGGUAGCAGAUUUCCAAAAUCGUGCUGACAUAUUUGUCUUUUUACUGUCGACUAGAGCUGGAGGGCUUGGCAUCAAUUUAACUGCUGCCGACACUGUUAUAUUUUACGACUCAGAUUGGAACCCAACUGUCGAUCAGCAAGCAAUGGAUCGUGCUCAUCGCCUGGGUCAAACGAAACAGGUUACCGUUUAUCGUUUAAUCUGCAAAGGCACAAUCGAGGAACGAAUUUUGCAGCGAGCACGUGAAAAGAGUGAGAUUCAACGGAUGGUGAUAAGUGGGGGUAAUUUCAAACCUGAUACCCUGAAACCCAAAGAAGUUGUUUCUCUUUUGCUAGAUGAUGAGGAGAUCGAGUUGAAAUACCGACAAAAGACUGAGGAAAGGAAGUUCGCGGCCGAAGAUCAACCAAAGAACGAUAAGGAGCGAGAUAGAAAGCGAAAGCAGAAUGCCGCAUCCAGCAAGUUGGUGGAUCAGAAGAAGAACAGGACUGAUGGGUUACUCGAUGCGUAUGAUUUGGCCUUCCUGGAAUCUGGGGCGCCUAGUCCAGCAAUAAGCGAACAGUCCAACACAAGCGGUCACAUAAAAUUAUCCGAUGUUGCCAAUCGGGGAGACGAUUCCAGCAACGAUGAGCUUAUGGCUGAUUGCGAUAGCACGAGUGGAUCUCAUACACCAGUUUUAUUUUCAACUUACGAUGGUCUAGGAAAGCAGCGAAAACGCCAUCACCCACGUGGAACCAAGCGCGGAAGACCACGUGGUUCGCGGCGUGGUGGCGGCACCGGUAGUACCGGACGAGCAGAAUCAACCGGGGCAGCUUCUAGCGAUAUUCCUUCUACGUCAGAUGCACCAGUUAUACAACAGCUGCCUCAAGUUAAGCGAGGUCCCGGCCGACCACGGCUAAAACCUAAUGGCCCUAGUCAUCAAGGAUAUCGUAGCCACACGAGGAGUGUUCCGCGACCACGAAAACCAGUGGGACCCCUGGUUGUACCUCUUGGACAAAGUCCGGCAGCUACUCCAAUGGUACGAAGCCCGGCACUUAGUCCAUCACAAAGCCCUGCGCGCGACAGAGUACAAAGCAUUCAACCAGAUGAAGACAAUGUUUAGUAAAAGUGAAUGAUUUCUGUUUUACCAAUUAUGACUGCAUUAUAAGAUUGAUGUGCUACAUGAAAUAUAAA